AUGGGAAAAAUCGCCACGGAUUUCAAGUCGCAGGUUCGUUUCGAGAAAAAAAGUUUUUUUUAGUGGAGUUUUUUUCAGGAAAAAUUACUUAAUGAAUACAUUUUAAAAAAAUGAAUUUUUUUAAAAAAUAUUACAGCAAAAAAAUCAUUUUCCAGGCCAAACUGAGCUUUUUUUCUGUAAUUAAAGCAGAUAUCGAUUUCAAAAAGUUCUUCAUGGUAUAUAAAAAAGAGAAAGUAACGGGGUACCUAAAAUACGACUAGAAACGGCUCUUCGCCUCAAGACCUUUACCGAAGCGACCUAUGAUCCUUUAAGACUCCGAGUGAGCAUUUUUGAUCCAGAAUACAGUCAAAAAAUACAAAAUAAUAGUGAAUUAUACUAAAAAGAAAUAAGAUAAGUGAAAAUGAACAUAGAAUUCAAGUAAGUGAGAAAUAGAAUAUAGUCAAAAAUUACAAAAUAAUAGUGAAUUAUACUAAAAAUAAAUAAGAUAAGUGAAAAUGAACAUAGAAUUCAAGUAAGUGAGCAAUAGAUGAAUAUAUUUUCCAGUUGGAGCGGACAAAUUUCGCCGACGCCCGGAGUUGGUUCGAAGAAUCGGCGCAUCUGCAGGCGACGUCGCCGGAGAAUCUGAAGCCCGUCGCCGACGACCACUACUUCCGGAGUUUCGAGUUGUCGCGGGAGGAGCUCGACGAGUACCGCGACGCGGGCUUGGCGGCGAUAUCGCGGGGCGAAGUCGCGGCUUUGGUGCUCGCCGGCGGUCAGGCCAGCCGUCUCGGUUCCAGCCAGCCUAAAGGUACAGGCAUUUUAGAUGAAUAGGUUCAAAAAAUACUUAUAGCUGAUUCACGGCUAGCUUGGGACGCUAAGGGGGCGUGUCCUGUCUGCGCUCUCCUCGAGCCAAGCGCUAUCUCGUGCAUUAUCGUGUCAGGACCCUUUUUUCGAUGGCUCAAGCUAGCCGUGAAUCAUCUAUACUAGACCUUACGGGAUACUGUAGAAGGCUCUUCGCCUCGAGACCUUUUUUAAAUGUUACCGUGCUUUUUUCACUGUUUCUUAAGCCUCUUGAGCUCCUUUGAAGCUAGGACUUCGAAAAAUUGAGAAUUUACUGUCUGAAAGUCCAUUUCAAGGUGUCACUUCCUAAAUUUAUUUUGAACCUAUAAAUUCCAGGAACCGUCCCUCUAGGAAUCGCCACCUCCUCUCCAGAUUGUCUUCUCGGCAUCCAGGCGGCCAAAAUUUCGGCUCUUCAAAGGCUGGCCGCCAAGAAGUUCCCCGGCACUGAUCCGAAAAUUCAGUGGUAAGCUUGUAAAAAUUGUACUUUGAGCGAAAGUUUUCCAAGUUUAUCGAAGAAUUUAGGAAUCAUUCUCAGCCGUUAUCUAACCCCCAAGUUUAUUAAACUUAAAAUUUAUAAAUUUUGAAAAGAAGAUUUAAUUUAUAAGCCUGAAACCCUCUUUUUUUAUCACCUUAACAGUACCACUAUAGACGAUCUGGCUAGCAUAAGGGGGCGUGGCCUGUCUGCGCUCUCCACUAACCAAGCACUAUCUCUUUUUUCAUCGUGUCAGGACCCUUUUUCGAUGGCUCGAAUCAAUCCGCCUCUUGACAAUUUUCGCGUGUCUGCGUCUCUCUGUUCCCUCACUGGCAAGGUCAGAGGUACAUGGAAAGAGCACGUAAACAUUAGAGACACGGAGGGCGCAGAGAAAUCUCGCCCUUUCGCGAAAAACUGACUAUACAAGGCUUCAUGAAAAAUAAUUUUUCAAAAGCCGAAAAAAUUAUAGUUCCACCCUUCGUGUUACUUGACACAUUCCAGGGUGAUCAUGACCUCACAAGGAACGGAAAAGACGACGCGAGAUUUCGUCGACACCCUCAUCAAGAACUACAACUUCGACUCGAACCAAGUGACGAUGUUCAACCAGGACGAGAUCGCCGCCUACGACCUCGAGGGCAAUUUCUUGCUCGCCGAGUUCGGCAAGCUCGUCACGGCGCCGAGUUUGAACUUGACCCCAGAAUCUUGCGAAAAUCUACAACUUCAGACGGCAACGGAGGGCUGUAUUCGGCGCUGUCGCCGUACCUUCCAGAACUCCGGAAGAAGGGCGUCAAGUACUUCCACGUCUACUGCGUCGACAACAUCCUCUGCAAGGUCGCCGACCCGCAUUUCCUCGGCAUGAGCAUCGUCAAGAAGGCCGACGUCGCCACCAAGGUUCGUCGUGUCAGGAUUUCAGAAAGUAGAAGAUCUUCAGACAGUGCCAAAGACAGUCGGCGAGCUUGUCGGCUCGGUCUGCCUGGACAACGGAAAGCCGCGCGUCGUCGAGUACAGCGAGUUGGGGGCGGAGCUUGCCGAACUGAAGUCGGCCGACGGAAAGUUCCUUUUCGGCGCCGGAUCCAUCGCCAACCACUUCUUCACCAUCGACUUUUUGGAUCGGUAGGUGAACCUGACCAUCUCUCUUGGAGCUGAGCUUGUUGACGUUUAGCUUGAUCAUCUCCAGUUUUUCGAAUGUUUUUAGUCUGCUCUGACUCUUCUAAAACAAACUUUCCAACUUGAUUAUCAUCGAGUUCUGAAACUCUCUAGUCAGCUGUGACAACUCUUCAGUGAUCCUCAUAUUUUAUAGUUAGUUCUGACCUCUCGAUGUUGUCUUUGAUCAACUCCAGAGUUUGGAAACCCCUUAAUUUGAUCAUCUUCUAACAUCGAAGCUUCUUAAAAGAUCCCUAACUUGAUCAUCUCCAGAGAUCAGAGACAUCCUGAAUGGUUCUUAAUUUGAUCAUCUCCAGAAUUCUGAAACCUCUUGAGUCAUCCCUAACUUGAUCAUCUCCAAAGCUCUGAAACCUCUCAAUUUGAUCAUCUCCAGAGUUCUGAAACCUCUGGAGUGAUCCCUAACUUGAUGAUCUCCAAAGUUCUGGAACCUCUCAAUUUGAUCAUCUCCAAAGCUCUGAAACCUCUCAAUUUGAUCAUCUCCAAAGCUCUGAAAUCCCUCAAGUGAUCCUUAACUUGGUCAUCUCCAGAGUCUGCUCACCCUCGAUGCGCCUCCCAUACCACCGCGCUCUCAAGAAGAUCAGCCACCUGGACAAGAACGGCGACCUCGUCAAGCCCGACAAGCCCAACGCCAUCAAGCUCGAGCAGUUCGUCUUUGACGUCUUCGAGCACAGCGAGUCAGUUUCAAGGGACUUUAGGCCUUUUUUGACGUGACGUCUUCAGAAACUUCUACAUCUGGGAGGUCAACCGCGCCGAGGAGUUCAGCCCUCUGAAAAAUGCCGAAUCGACGGGGAAGGACUGUCUGAGCACGUGUCUUCGGGACCUCGCCGCCGUCGACAAGAAGUGGUUGGAAGACGUCGGGGUCAAGACGACGUCCGAGAAGCCGCUCUACCUUCUGGCCGACGUCAGCUACGAUGGCGAGGUAUAGGAGGGUCGAAAACAGCUGAUAACGGCUGGCUCGAGCCAUCGAAAAAAUGGUCCUGACACGAUAAUGCACGAGAUAGCGCUUGGCUCGAGGAGAGCGCAGACAGGACACGCCCCCUUAGCGUCCCAAGGGAAUCGGCUAUAUAGACCUUUUGAGGGCAGAUUGAAAAAUGCCGAUUUUAAAGCUUUAAAACUUUCAAAAUACUCAUCUAAUCACGAAAAGCUUGGAGCAAACUUUAAAGGCGCAGAGCAAGGUUCAAAAAUUAUAUGUUCGUUAUGGGACCUUUUUUGAAAAAGCUUAUAAAAAAGCGAAUCAUCUUGUAUAGAUUUUUGGCUCUGUUCUCCUUCUUUAUAUUGUCUCAAAGAUUCAAAAUUCAGCAAAAAUAUAUUUAAUCGUCUCAGGACCUUUUCUGAAGCACCACCAUGCGCCUUUAAAUUUUUCGAAGCUUUUUUUCUAUACUAGGCUAAAAAAUAAUGAUCUUUCAACACAUGUGCGCUCCAUUGAUAUAAACUUCCAAAAUGAAUAUUUUUUUAAAAAAACAAUAAAUCAAAUUCAAACUUUUUUCCAGGGCCUCGAAGAACUCCGCGACCGUCAAAUCCGGCCAGAAGACGUCGAAUCGGACGAGACGCUCCAGAAGUUCUUCCCGAAACGGCCAACCGCUUGA